AUGAUUCGAAGGGUUACUACUCGGGUGGGAAGCUGCAGCCAGUUGGCGCCCGCCAAAUGCAUCCGCCUUGCCACUCCGUUGCAACGCCGCACAUUUUUAUCCACCGGCUUACGUUCACGCUCCGAUAACAGCCGCGCCUCCUUCGACACUCUGAACGUCGAACGUUUGGCUCGCGAGCGCCAGGACUAUGACCGAACGCGGCUUGUAUUCUUAGCUGCCGGAUCGGUUGCCGGAAUCAUUGCGACAAUAUACACAGCCUUUCAGCUGAAGAAUGCUUUAGAGAAGAAUCCAACAAAAUUGGACGCUGGGCCCACCUAUGGCUCUUCUCUCGCAGCAAGAAAGGUCAUCGUUCACGACAAGGAAGGCAAUGAGGUUGUGCCAACAGGAGACAGCACCGUGACUGAGUUUCCCCGAACACUUAAUGUACCAGUGUUUGAGGACAGCAGCAUCUCAUCUGCCGCAUCGCCGCAGUCAACCAGUCAGUCCGAGCCUACAACGGAAUAUACACUUGUCGGUCUUGGUGUACGGACUGUGAGCUUCCUCAGCAUACGAGUAUACGUUGUGGGAUACUACGUUGCCACAGCGGAUAUUGCCGCCCUCCAAAGCCGACUUGUCAAGAGGGUUGAUCCUAUCGCAACGGCGCUCGUAUCUGGCGAAAAGGACGAGCUACGUGCAGCUCUCCUUGACCCGGUGAAAAGUGAAGAGAUAUGGAAUACUCUGCUUGAGGACGGUGUUCCGUUGCGUUCAGCGUUCCGCAUCGUGCCAGUACGCGAUACCGACUUCCCCCACCUUCGCGACGGCCUCGUGAGAGCUAUACAGGCGCGGGCGUCAAUGAUUCUCCCACAAGAGCAAGUUGAAACGCCGAGCAAAGGUCCGGAGUUUGGAGAGUCUGUUCGCCAAUUUCGCCAGCUGUUCAACCGCGGAAAAGUGCUCAAGCGCAAGGAACUGCUCCUGCUGCGUGGGGAGGGCGGCCGCUUAAGCAUUGUUUAUGACGACGGGCGCUCUUUCGGUCGUCAGUACUUAGGGUCCGUUGAGGACGAGAGGCUUUCACGAGUGCUGUGGCUCAACUAUCUAGGCGGCAGCAAGGUAGCAAGUGAGCCAGCACGACAGAGCAUUGUCAAUGGGGUAAUUGAGUUUGUCGAGCGCCCAGUAGGAACUGUGGCGACCCAGGUUGUCUAA